UGCUGCUGCGCAAAGCUCCGGCGCUCGUCUCGCCCGCCUGGCUCGCGGCCAAUCGCGGCCCGUCGGUCAAGGUGGUGGACGCGUCCUGGUACCUCCCGGCGAUGGGCCGCGACGCGCGGCAGGAGUUCGAGGCCUGCCGCAUCCCCGGCGCCGUCUUCUUCGAUGUCGACGCCACAGACGUCGCUUCGCCGCUGCCUCAUAUGCUGCCUUCCGACGCAUUCUUCGCCAGGACGAUGAGCGAGCUCGGGAUUGUUCACGACGAUCACGUCGUCUGCUACGACGGCAAGGGACUCUUCUCGGCGGCGCGCUUCUGGUGGAUGCUGCGCGCAUACGGGCACCCGGCUGCAUCGGUGCUCGACGGCGGCUUGCCUGCGUGGCAGCGCGCCGGCCACGCCACCGAGUCUGGGCCGCGCGCGCCCGUCGCGCGCGCGUCGCCGCCCUUUGAGGCGCGGCUGGACGCAUCGCUUGUCGCCGACCUCGCCAAGGUCCGCUCGUUGGUCGACGCGUUCCAGAGCGGCGCGGCGCCGGCGCAGACGUUGGUCGACGCGCGCUCGCAGGCCCGGUUCGAGGGGAUGGCAAAGGAGGCGCGCGCUGGCUGCCGCUCCGGCCACGCCCCCGGGUCUCGCAGCGUGCCGUUUGAUCGCGUUCUCCAAGCAGACGGCACGAUGAGGCCGCCCGAGCAGGUCGCCGCGGUCUUUGCCGAGGCGGGCGUUCCGGGCGUAGACGCGCCGCUGGUAGGAUCGUGCGGCUCGGGCGUCACCGCGGCCGUCCUCGCGCUCGCACUCGAGCAUGCGGGGCGCGCCUCGCUGCUCGAGAUCUACGACGGCUCCUGGGCGGAGUACGGCGGAGACGAGUCUCAGCCGCUCGCCACCGGGCCGGCGCCCCCGGCCUGACUCCAGAGACCAGACAUUCCUCAUUCCCCUGAGCUGUCCCAUCCCUACCGCGUUAGCGUCUGGUGGUGUCCAGUACGCAGUAGGGCCCCUGUUUGCUAAACGCUGCCAACGCGCUUUAUUACCUUAGCCUUACGAAGUACGGUACUUUACCCCCGAGGAGCUCUGUGCGAUACACUAAAGUAUACCGUCCUCCACGACGCACAGCCCUCGGCCGUGUACUGCGUGUACA